UACGUGAUAGCGUUUUGAAUCGACAUCUCUUCAUUCUCGCCUAUUACAGGAAAAAGCAAAUUUUGUUAUGUCGUUCUUAGUAUUGAUUAUGAUGUUUAAGACAUAAUUAAGAUAUUUGUGAAACUACUAAAUUAUGGAGCAUUUAAAGAGAGCCUCUGAUGAGGAACCAAAAGUUCUUGAACCUGUUUUAAUAAAUACGGACACGAACGAUCGCAUAAAUAUCGACAAAAAUGAGUUUAAGAUUGGACGUGCCAGAGAUAACGACGAAAUUAUAUUAGAUGUCAUGAUAUCUAGAAGACACUGCAUUUUUAGAUGUAUAGGCCAAGAUGAAUGGAUGCUUAAGGAUUUAAGCUCUAGUGGAACAUUUGUUAAUGGUAAUGCCAUUGGCUCUGGUGAAGUACAAAAUGUUUGUUCUGGUGAUAUUAUACAAUUUAGUCCUAAUGAAACAUUUAAAUAUGUAUUUACUCUUGCGGAGAAAGAACAUUGCGUUAAGAAAGCACGUAUAGAUGAGAAGAUACUCGACACUGUACUUGUCAAGCAGAGAACAUUUGCCGAAAAUCAAGAAUGUCAAAGAAAAGAGCUAAAAAAUAUGCUUGAAAUAAAUCAAAAAGAGCAAAUCAAGUUAAAUCAGCAACUUGAAAAUCUGUUGUCUCAACAAGCUAUGGCUAAAGAUGAUAAAGAGAAUCUAUUAAAACAAAUUACAGCAUUAGAAGAAAAAAUAAAGGCAUGUAAUUCUCAAGAAGAAGAUCUGAAAAAUAUGUAUUCUCAGUUAUUGCAAAAGUUGGAGAAUGAAAGGCUGCAGUUUGAAGCAAGACUAAACGAGGAAAAACAGAAAUGGCAAGAAGCAUUAGAUAUGAGUAAGCAAGAAAAAGAAAUGUUAGAAAUAAAAAUGAAAGAUCAAAUGAAGAAAUGGAGAGAAGAACAACAAGCAGAAUGGAAAAAUAUGAUGGAAAAUAAAGUAAAGGAAGAGAAAAAUAUUCAGGCCCGAUUAAUGAAUGAAAAAACUGUGUUAGAAGAAAAAUUGAAAAGCCAUGUGAAUGAGAAGACCAUGUUAGAAGAAAAAUUGAAAGAAACAGAGAAAGCCUUAAAGGAACAAGAAGCAAAAACAGAAAUUUCGCAAACAAUAUUGGGUGUAAAUACAUCUAACGAAAGUAUUGCAAGUACAUCAGAGUGUAUAUUUUUAAACUUCAACGGUGAUCAAAUUGAGGUUCCGCAAUAUGAAAUAAUAGACACGAUAGAUCUAACUGAAAUAAGUCAAAAUAUGCUAGAGACUAAUAUUAAUCAAAGCAUCCUUGGAAAAGUGAGCAACAUUAUGGAUGAACAAUUGACAUGUUCUAUAUGUUCGGAAUUAUUUAUUAAAGCAACAACAUUGAAAUGUACACAUACAUUUUGUCAACAUUGCAUAAAUUUAUGGAAUAAGAAACAAAAAAGUUGCCCUGUCUGUAGGAAACCAGUGGUAUCAAUGAUUAGAUCAUUAGUUUUAGAUAAUUUUAUUGAAAGUAUGAUUGACAAUUUGCCUACUGAACUUAAAAACAGAAGAAACGAAAUUAUACAAGAAAGAGAAGUAAUAACAACGAAAAGAAGGAUGUAUUAAAUUCAUCUUGCAUUUCAUGCAAGAUGGAUACUAAUAUUUUUAUUCUUAAGCGGG